AUGUCGUCCGGAACUAGCACAGUCCAAGUAGUUCCUCAAAUCCAACAGAGGGCUACAAUCCAAAAACCUGCUUUUGGUCCACCACCAGUGACGACUCAACCCCAAUCAGACAACUCACAGCAUCCUGGUGCCAAUGAUCCUACGCGUUCCAAAGUCAUCGAGAUCCUAUCCAACACUGCAAAUGGAUGCCUGGCAGAACUUGGCUACGACCCCCGCGAAAUUCAAAAACUCAGAGACCAAAAUCGACAGUGGCAAGACGAGAAUGUAAAACUCUACGAAGACAAUUCGCGACUGACCCGCGCUCUGGCCGAGAUGAGGGAACAGCUGAGACAGGUGUCCAACCCAUCGGCAGACACGGUUCGCGCAUUGCAAACUCAAGUCAGAACACUUGUCUCAGAGAAGGACUUCUUGUCACAGAAAAUGAGCGCGAUGGAACAGCAACAACCUGGGCAGGUCACCUAUACUCGCCUCUACGAAGAAUACGAUAAAUUGCUCAAAGGAUAUCAAGCCUUACAUGCUCAGUAUAAGGAUCUGCAACUCCGGUUCUCCACCGUACAGCUACAUCUCCAAUCCUGCCCGCUGUAUAAGCAGCAAUCGCGAGCUGCACAGGCACAGGUGUGGCGGGCGACUGCGUCUUCGAACCCCGGCUCUCAUCCUAGCACUCCAGUUCAAUCAUCUGUCAAUGUGGUCAGCGGCAUAAAUCAGAGCCACCGCUUGCUCCAGCAACUUCCCGGCCACCAGCAGAAUGCCCCGCCUCAAGCUGGUCCCAGUUCUUCACGUCCGACUACCUCCUCUGGGCAAUUCGUUCCCCAAACUCAACAUGUCCGCAGCAAUUCCUUGUCAGGAGCCAAAGCGUGGCAGAAUGCCGUCGUCACUGGCGGUAACCCUCUUCAGUCAACACCAUCUCCUAUGCCAAUUCCAAGUCCAACGACGGCGACGAUGAAUGCGGCUUAUGUCCAACCACAACCUGCCUCCAUCGCAGCCUCCCAAAUUCAUAAUGGAUCGAUGAUGGCCGGUUUCCGCGCAGGUCCAUGGCCUCCUGCCCCGCCUAGUCGUCCGCCGAGUUCUCACUCGGCACCUACUCCCAAAAGCGCGCCCCCUGCCCAAACUACGUUCCAGCCAAUCGUACCCCAACCUAUGAACAGCCCGGCAGCAUCCACGGGUACGAUGUUUACACCCGGAUUCUGGUCCCCAUUUGCACCUCAGACCCGGCCGCUUCAGCAAGCCCCACAAUUGAAACAGACGCCCCCAACGCUCGAUCGGUCGUCGAGUCCUGAUCCUACGAUACAAACGGAGAACAAUCAGGCUCUCGCUGUCACACCGGUGGUAUCUCCACCCGGAGCGGCCAACACCAGUGGCACGAGCAACACCGCUACCGUCACGCAGGCGCAAAGUAUUAAUGAUGAAACAAGUUCAACUACGAUCGAGAAUGUAGACUCAGCAAAGAGACCGUUAUCCGAAGUUGUUAGCGAGGACGAGAAGGCGUCGGAAGAUGUGAAGAAGGCCAGAUUAAGUGUGGAAUCAACCCUAAAUGCAGGCUAUGUGACCGAAAGUACACCAACGCCCGCGCCUCAAGGUAGCCAGCCUGUUCAAGCGAGCCAGACAGAACCCCUCCAAUCAGUGCCACCGGUGGCUGCUUCUACCCCUAUCCAACCGCUGAUUGCGGAUGAUCAGCCGAAGGGGGAGACUCGGUCGGAUGCGCAGCAACAGGACGGAGCUGGCGACGAUGACGAGGAAGAAGUUUUGGUGGGACCGGACGGUCUACGGCUGGUAUCAGAUUGUCUAAGUGACCUCUUCGAAGAUGUGAGCGGAGGGAGAAUAUGCAUUCUUUGCAGGGCACGAUAUACGAGCGGCGCCAUACCCCACCCGCCACAAGCCUUUGUAAACGCAUCGGAAGACGAUCUGGUCCGACAUUGUCUGGCUGAGCAUGAAGAUACCUGGAACGAGCUACGAGAAGUAGAUUGAGGUACUAUACGUCCUCGUUAUUCUCUUAAAACAUUAUACCCUUAUACGCUCCUUUUGCGACCUUGGUCCUUUUUGCAACGCUCAGCGUCCGUUUUGGGACAUUGCACAUAUCAAAACAACUGUUUAUUCUCCGGUCGGACACUAGAGACAUUCAAUGUACAUUCAGAACGGG